AUGACGACUUUCCAAGACAACACUCAAGAUCAAAUAUCUACCAGUAAUGAUGUUUCAGAACAAGAAACCGUUGAAACAAAACCGAAAUUCACGCCGGAAGAAAUUGAAAAAUUAGUUGAAUUGGCUAAUUCUUAUAAAAUAACAGGAAAUGAGUAUUUUGCUAAGAUGAAAUAUGAUGAAGCUAUUGUACAAUAUGAAAAGGCUUUAGAUACCUGUCCGGACGAAAGGAAGGACGAACGAGCUAUUUAUUGGGGAAAUCUUGGAGCAUGUUAUUUUAAAUUGGAAAAGUAUAAAGACGCCGUAAAGUCAUGCACAAAAGCGGUUGAAGAUUCUCCAACAUAUACGAAGGCUUUAUUACGUAGAGCCCAAUCUAAUGAAAAACUUAAUACCUUUUCAUCAUUAACAUCCGCACUUGAAGAUUACAAAACAUUACAAUCAACAUCAUCUCAUUAUUCAACCUUAAACUCACAAACCCGUAAACAAGUGAACACUUCAAUUCAACGUUUACCUCCACAAAUUUCCAUACUACAAGAAAAAGAAAAAAAUGAAAUGAUUGAUAAAUUAAAAGAUAUAGGAGACAAGUUUCUAGGCAAUUUUGGAUUAUCAACUAAGAAUUUUAAAAUGAUGCAAGAUCCAAAUAGUGGUGGUUAUAGCGUUCAGUUUGUUAAUAAUGCCGAAAAAAGUAAUGAUCAAAGAGAUGAAGGAAAUAUUGUAAAUGAAGAUUCAUCAUUGUAUUUUCAUUGUCUUUAUACUUUCAAAAUUGCACAAGGAAAUAAAAUAUAUUUAUUCGAAGAAGUGACAAAAACACAUACCACCUCUUUAUACUUUCCAUUUACUCUAAGUGAGGAAGAACUUCAAAUAAAUAUUGAAAUUUUUUGGUCAACCAUUUCAUUUUGUGAGAACACAAAAUGG